AUGGCUGACGAAACAGGAAGGAUUCCCUCAAACGGAGCCGAAUCUCAGCAGGAGCAAGACCAGCAACGGCAGCAACAACAGCUGGAGCAGCAGCGCGAUCAGCUGGCGUCAGGUGCUGCGAUGAUGGCUGACGUGGCAGCUGGUGACGAUGGCGACGGGAGCGACGGCGAGGGCUCAGGAGGCGAGGAUGCGCACGCGGGAGUGAUGUUUCCGCGAGCCAACACCAACGCCAAGGGACAAUGGACGCCGGAGGAGGACGAGCUGCUGAGGAAACUGGUGGAGAAGGAUGGAGCCCAGCGGUGGUCCGCCAUUGCUGCUCAUCUCAAAGGGCGCGCGGGGAAGCAGUGCCGCGAGCGGUGGCACAACCAUCUCAAGCACGGCAUCAAGAAGGAUGCGUGGACGGAGGAAGAGGAGGCGAAGCUGGUAGAGGCGCACAGGAAGCUGGGGAACCGGUGGGCGGAGAUUGCCAAGCUGCUGCCGGGGCGGACAGACAACAGCGUGAAGAACCACUGGAACUCCACCAUCCGCCGCAAGGAGGAGUCAUCUCGCAGCAAGGCAGUGCAGCGCCCCACACUGCUCCUAAGGUACAUCCAGUCGCUCAAGACCCAGGGGGGGCUGGGGAGCGCAGCAGGCAGCUCUGGCGGGGGGGGAGGCGGAGGUGGAGCAGGGGGAGGGGGAGGGAUGGGGUUGAGUCUGGGGGAGCUGAUGCAGGGGCUCGUGAAGGGGGAACCCGCGUCCCCCUCCGCGUCAGCAGGCCUGGGCGGGCUGGCUCUCCGCGUGGGUCAGGGAGGGCCCUUCAGAGGUGAAGGAGGGCCCUUCAGAGGUGAAGGAGGGCCCUUCAGAACCGCCGUUCCCCGCUCAGUCUCCCAGCCUAACAGCCAUGCAGCGUCAGGAGCAGGAGUGGGAGGAGUGGGAGCAGGAGCAGCAGGAGGAGCAGUGUUUCCUCCUGGGUCAUUUAGUUCAGUGCAAAGGGCAACAGGGGCAGGCAGAGCAGGGGGAGCAGCAGCAGGAGCGGGAGGAGCAGGGGGAGGAGCAGCAGCGGCGUUCCCACGCAACCCCUCGUGGCCUCCCGCGGGAAGCUCUAUUUCCGAUGGGGGGAGUUCCGGAGGGGAGGGAGAGGGGCACGAGCAGCAAGCAGGGAUGCGGCAGUCAGGGGGGAGUGGCUUCACAACCGGAGCAGCACCAGGGGGGAUGGGGCCAGUGGGAAUGGGGGCAGGGGGGUUGGGGGGGAGAGAAAUGGGGCCAGGGGGGAUGGGCGCAGCUGGAUUCAUGCGCUCGUCGUCUCUCUCCGGGGCAGAGUCCCGGGCGCGCCAGCACAGCCGUGGAUCGUUUCUCGGCGCGCGAUCCGGGCCGUUGGAUGCGAGCCGGGGCGGCGAUCGACGGUCGGAGUUGGACCGGGCAGCGGCUGAGUUCCAGAAGGAGAUCGCGAGGGCGUUGCUGGCGCCUGGCAUGGGACGGGCCUUAUUCAUGCCUUUAGGUCCUCCUCCUCUGCAGGCUCCCCGUCCGGUCACUCCUUCUUUUCCCGCUCGCGCUUUGCUAAAAGUUCGUCUGUUCCUGGAAGAGUUUCUGCCUCUGGGUCGGAGGAUGGGAGCCGUGGGGGAUGGGGGCGGGUUGGAAGGGAUAUGGGCCCAGCUGGGGGAGCGGGAAGAGCAGGGGGAGCAGGGGGGGCAGCAGGGGGAGCAGCAGGGGGAGCUGGAGCAGGAGGAGGAGGAGGAGGAGGAGGAGGAGGAGGAGGAGGAGGAGGAGGAGGAGGAGGAGGAGGAGGAAGAGGAGGAGGAGGAGGAGGAGGAGGAGGAGGAGGAGGAGGAGGAGGAGGAGGAGGAGGAGGAGGAGGAGGAGGAGGAGGAGGAGGAGGAGGAGGAGGAGGAGGAGGAGGAGGGGGGAGGGGAGGAGGAGGAGCAGGAGCGGGAGGAGGGGGAGGAGGGGGAGGAGGGGGAGGGGGGAGUGGCGAGUGUGCUUACUGCCGACCAGCUCGCCCUGCUGCUCAAGGUGAGUGAGGCCGUGGGGGCACAUGGGCGACUGGGACUAGAAUGCAUGGGAUGGGCGAAUGGCGCACAUGGGAUGGGCGAAUGGUACACAUGGGAUGGGAGAAUGGCGCACAUGGGAUGGGCGAAUGGGGUCCUUCAAGGGGACGUUCAGAGCCCUGGCAACGCACAAUCGAUGCAACAGCAAGUGCAGCAGCAGCAGCAGCAGCAGCAGCAGCAACAGCAGCAGCAGCAGCAACACCAGCAACACCAGCAGCAGCAGCAACACCAACAGCAGCAACAGCUACAGCAGAUGCAGCAAGCACUGGACCUACAACUUCAAAUCCUCAACAUGCAAUCGCAAGCCAUGCAAUCCCAGCCAAUGGACGCAUCUACUCAUACUGCCGACCCUAACACUGCUGCUGCUUCUUUCAACACCAACACCACUGCCGUUCCUGCUUCUUCUGCUGCUGGUGCUCCUUCUUUCAACGCGCACGCCACUGCUGCUUCCGCUGCUGCUAAUAACGCGGAUGCCUCUGCUGCAGCUGCCUUUGCCCUGGACGGCAAGCUGCCGGACCUGUCAAUCGACCCGGGGCCAUUAGACUGGGCGGAUGGGGACGGCAUAGACGUGUUUGCACUGGAGGAGGGCGAGGAGCAGGCGCUCGUGCUGGCAGGCACUUCUGCGGCUGCUGGGGCUGCUGGGGUUGCAGGAGUAGGUGGUUCGGUAGCAAUGGUAGAGGCACACGGGGUGCAUCAGCCUGUGGGGUUUUCAGCCCCCGCUGCAGCAGCGCAAGGCACAGCAGGGGUCUUCACAGGAACAGGGACUCCUUCAGGAAUCAAUGCUCUCAGCAUGACUGCCACCACUGCUCCUACCACUUCCGUUUCUCCCACUGCUCCUUCUGCUUCCACUGCUCCUUCUACCCACCCCACUGGUGCCGGCUUUUCUUUCCCCACUACCAGCCCCAAAGCUAGCCCAACAUCUGCUCCCACCACUGCUGCCCCCGCAGCCGCCCCUGCAGCUGCUUUCGCAGCUUCCCCUGGCCUUUCCCUCCUCGCCCCAUUCCCCUCCCCCUCCACCCCUUGGGGAUCUGGCUGGGACCACGCCCCUUCUCCCGGCAAAUCCAAGCCGUUGAUCGAGGAGCUCCGGUUCCGUCCACGGCUGGGAUUCUCCGAGGAGAUCGGCGCAGGGCGAUUCAGAGAAGCACAUCAAGACGAAGGGGGGGAUGGAGAUGAGGACCUGGAAAGCCCCAGCUCCCCCUCCUGGUUCCCGGACCUGCGCCGAACCUGCAGCGACAACCCCCGGUCUGCUGUAGCAGGGCCGUUACCAGACGCACCGGUUACCAUCAUUGAUGGGACGAUUCAGCUCGUCGGAGGGCUGAGCCUCAACUCUAGUAAAGGAGACGGGAGAAGUGGUGGCAGGGGGGACGGGAAAGCGGAUUCUCCGCCCCCUCCUUCACCCCUACCGCCUCCCCGGCCACCCCGGCCACAGGCCUUCCUAGGGGGAGGCAGCGAGAAAGGGGGAGGAGGAGGAGGGGAGCAGCAACAGGUGGCAGCAGCAGGAGGUGCAGCAGGAGGUGGAAUAGGGGGAGCAGGAGCAGGGCUGUGGGGCAGCUUCAGUAGCAAGCAGAGCCGGGCUUUCCUGCAGGCGAACCAGCUGAACCUGUCCCCCCGGUCAGGGGGACCUGGGGGAGGUGGGACUCUGUCGUUUGGACAGGAAGGGGGGUUCGAGGGGGAGGUAGAUCUGGUGAAGGCUGGUGGCUGGGGGAAUGCGGGCGGGGAAGGGGGAGCAGGUGGGGCGGGUGGGGUGGAUGGGGCAGGAAUGGGUGAAGAUGGGGAGCUGGGCGUAUCUGGGCAGGCUGUACCUGCGUGCCAGCCAUUCAGGAUGAACCUGGCGAAUUCAAGGUUCAACCGCAGUCGCAGCAUGCCCAUGGAGCGACCGCCGCCCAGGACCGGCAGCAGCGGCAUGGGGACCGGUGGGCAUGGCGUGGGCAGGAGUAGCGGCUUGGGAGGGGGCGGUGGUGCUGGUGGUUCUGCUGGUGGGGCUGCUGCUGGUGGUGGUGGGUUUGGUGGCCAUGCGGGGGGGAUGGUGGCGAGCCGGUUUGCCUUCCAGGGCAAUGCUGGCCCUUCCAGCAGUGGUAGCAGUGUGGGUGCUGCUACUGCCGCUGGUGCCACUGCUGCUGCUGUGCGUGCUGGUACGGACGCUUCUAUGGGUGGGGUCACAGGAGGUGGCGUUGCAGGAGGAGGAGCAGCAGGAGGAGGAGGAGGAGGAGCAGCAGGAGCAGCAGGGGCAGCAGAAGGGGCAGCAGGCAGCGGGUCAGGGGCAGGCGAGCUGCUGGAUUCCAAUGUGGCGGAUCUGGUGGCUGCAUGGCUGUCAGAGGAGAGUCCCAACUGUGUGGACGGGGGUGGUGCGGCAGGAACACAAGGGAGUGUGGGAGGGGUGGGUGGGGGUGCGAUUGGGAGUGAGCUGGUGCAAGCGGGGGAGAAUUCGCGGCCGAGUUUGGCACAGCUGCAGCAGGCGAUUGGGGAGCAACUCAAGGUGAGACGACCUGAAUCGGCCUUGUCUGCUUUUCGAUUUGCGCAGUAA